AAUGGCGGAACGCUCACUUGCUGCGGCCUUGCGAGAAGACAAACGCAGGAGGCGCAACCCAGCGCUGCGAUGGACGUGUUAGCCGCCAUACAACGUGUAUCUCUCCCGUGAGUCUGCCAUAGUCGAAUCAGCCUCGCAAGUAUGAGCGGUGCAAUUGCCCUCAUGCCGACGCCGAAAACGGAACACUUCACGCACGACGAGCAUGGACCAGGAGACGAAGAAGAUGCACCUCUCAUCGUCGAAGAUGUUGUGGAGGACACUAUGGACGUCGUGCUUGAUCCCGACAUCGUUCGAACGGAGGGUCGCUCGAGAGACCAUGUCGCGCAGAUCGCGGCCUACGUCGCUGCAGGGGUCUUCCUCAUGGGAACAUGGGUGAUCUCUUUCGUGGGCAACCCUGUGAAGCUCGGGUGGUUCUUCUGGCAUCCCAUACUGCAAAGUCUCUCGAUCUGUUUGCUAGCAUAUGGCAUCGUAACACUUCAGCCGACUUCACAGCCAAAGACGAAGGCAGCAGGCCUCGCGCGCCAUCAGUACGCCAUGCUUUGUGGCGGCUACCCCGCCUUGCUACUCGGCACGCUGGCCAUCUGGUGGAACAAGACCUCGCAUGGCUCGCACCACGCAACAACAUGGCACGGCAUCCUUGGCUACAUCAGUGUAUUCUGGAUGGUUGUACAAGUCUUCAUCGGUAUUGGGAGUGUUUGGUUCGACGGACGUCUCUUUGGCGGGAACUCCAGCGCGAAGCUUGUUUGGAAAUACCACCGGCUCUCCGGGUACCUCCUCUUCCCCUUGCUGCUAUUCACGGCGUUCCUAGCCGGUAUCUGGUCACAUUUUACCACGCGAAAUACCGUGCUCGCUCUGCGCGUGAUAUUGUUCGGCGUAGCACCGCUGGUACUCUUGCUAGCCGUGUGUGCGCGGGUCAGGCUAUCGAAGAUGCGAUUUUUCUAGCUGCAAGUCUAUGUACAAUAGCCCAGCCAAUGACGAUAUCAUAUUGCGGACAUGCU